AUGAUUCCCAACACACCAGCACUGCUAGCGCUUCCCGAACUCAACCUCGCUCUCUUGACUGCCUGCAGAACUCCCGGAGUCUUACCGCCAGGAAUCGAUAUCGACGGUUUUCCGCCCAUCGGAACUCGCCUCAUCCCCGGAAAGAGUGUCCUGUAUGUCUAUACUCACGCUGAAACGCUAGAAGUGUCGACUGUUCGGUACAAGGACGGUGAACAGAUUGCCUACGUGGAGGCCGUCUCCCUCAACGGAUCCUGGAGUAGAGCAACCAUAACAUUGCGUCUGCCCCGCAAACCAGAUAUCGGUGACAAGUACAGUAGUCGGCAUGGACAGAAGGGUAUUAACAGUCUUCUCGUCCCCGCGGAGGAUAUGCCGUGGACAGUUGACAGCGGCAUUGUCCCUGACCUGAUUUUCAAUCCCCACGGUUUCCCCACUCGUAUGACUAUGGGCAUGAUGAUCGAGUUCUUGGCUGGAAAGUCAGCCGCGUUAACUGGUAAUCGCGUUGACGCCACUCCCUUCCAGUGGUCGGAGGAGAACCCACCCUUCAACGAAUACGCCGAACAGCUCACUAAUUCCGGCUUCAACUACUGGGGUACGGAGAUGAUGAUGUCCGGUUUAACUGGCAAGAAACUGGAGGCGCAUAUUUUCAUUGGUGUUGUCUACUACCAGCGGUUGCGUCACAUGGUCGCCGAUAAAUAUCAGGUACAGCCCUCUUCACCC